CAUCGCUUUCGUCACAGAUCACACCUCUUAGAUCACCACCAUGUCGAAGCUCGCCACCUCUUACCCUUCUUGGUCGAAGCUUGAGCAGCUCUCCAAGCAGAAGAUCAAUCUGCGGGAAGCCUUCGCCAAGGACCCCCAGCGUUUCCAAAGGUAUUCGCGCUCCUUCAAGGGAGACCGAGUAAAGGACAUCUCUCUCCUGUUUGACUUCUCAAAGAAUCUGAUUGACGACGAUGUCCUUGCUUCGCUCAUCUCUCUUGCCAAGGAGGCAAAGGUCGAGGAGCACAGGGAUGCCAUGCUUGACGGCAAGCCUAUCAACGGCUCUGAAGACCGGGCUGUCCUGCACAUUGCCCUCCGUGACCUAGAAGGCGACUUCAAGGGCAAGGACUCGGUUGCAGGUGUCAAAGAGGUCAUUCCUGAGCUCAAGCACAUGAAGGAGUUCUCCGAGGCCGUCCGAAGUGGCUCGUGGAAGGGUUACACCGGCAAGACUAUCAAGUCGAUCGUAAACAUUGGUAUUGGCGGUUCCGACCUUGGCCCAGUCAUGGCCACUCAAGCCCUUAAGCCCUACUCGAAGCGUGACCUCGACGCUCACUUCGUUUCUAACAUCGACGGUACUCACAUCGCCGAGACUCUCAAGGUCUGCGACCCUGAGACCACCCUCUUCAUUGUCGCUUCGAAGACUUUCACUACUCAAGAGACUAUCACAAACGCUACUGCCGCUCGCGACUGGUUCAUGGAGACUGCCAAGGACAAGGCACACGUGGAGAAGCACUUUGUUGCUCUCUCCACGAAUGUCAAGGCUGCUACCGAAUUCGGUAUCGCCGAGGCCAACAUGUUCAAGUUCUGGGACUGGGUCGGUGGCCGAUACUCGCUCUGGAGCGCCAUUGGUCUCAGCAUUGCCCUUGUCAUUGGCUACGAGAACUUCGAGGAGUUCCUCAAGGGAGGAAACGAGAUGGACAGGCACUUCAAGAAUGCCAAGCUGGAGGACAACCUGCCCGUCCUGCUGGCCUUGAUUGCCAUUUGGUACAAUAAUUUCCACAAUGCUCAAUCUCAGGCCAUCCUCGCCUACGACCAGUACAUGAACAAGUUUGCCGAUUUCCUUGAGCAGCUCGAGAUGGAGUCCAAUGGAAAGUUCAUCACCUCCAACUCGGAACGCGUCAACUACGAGACUGGACCUAUCAUCUGGGGUCAGCCAGGAACCAAUGGCCAACACGCCUUCUACCAGCUGAUCCACCAGGGCACCAAGCUCAUCCCCUGUGACUUCCUCGCCCCCGUUGAGUCGCAAAACCCCAUCCGAGGUGGUGAGCUGCACGACAUUCUCCUCUCCAACUUCUUUGCCCAGCCCGAGGCCCUGGCCUUUGGUAAGACGGAGGAAGAGGUCAAGAAGGAGCUCGGACCAAAGGACGCUGGUAACACCUUCCUGGUCAAGUCCAAGGUCUUUGAGGGAAACAAGCCCACCAACUCGAUCAUGUUCCAGAAACUCACCCCCGGUACGCUGGGUGCCCUCGUGGCCCUCUAUGAGCACAAGGUUGCCGUGCAGGGCUUCGUCUGGGGCAUCAACUCCUUUGACCAGAUGGGUGUCGAGCUCGGCAAAGUUCUUGCCAAGAAGAUCUUGCCCGUCCUGCAACAGGCCGACGCACAAAAGGUCGAUUCGGAGGGCCACGACUCGUCUACGAGCGGGUUGAUCAAGCACUACCUCUCCAACAGAAAGUGACUGCCCUCUGAUCCUGAUACUCAAGCAGCUCAGGAGGAAGAGGGGAAGGUCCGCACUGGAGCUAUAGUGGGAGUACAGAAGACGCGUUUGUAAUAAAUGAAUGAAUGAUUGAAAGAGAAGAGACGUUCCUUUUGACUAUUUUUCUGAGCUCUGAGAUAUACACGAUGAGCAGAAUAUUGAGCAAAUAGACCUUUGGCCCGGUUUGAAGAUGCGUAUGUCUGCACUGUCGCUUGUCCAUAUAGACUGCCCUUAUGUGUGAU